AUGACUCUAGGGUUGGCUGAUGGUAUUUUUGGGUGGUGUGCUGUAGCAUUGUGCCUCAUUUGGCUUGUUCCAACGUACAUCAUAUAUCAAAGAUACUUUCAUCCGUUGGCAAAGUUUCCCGGAGAAUUUGCCGCUAGCAUUACGGACUUUACAAAGGCUUCCUACUUUUGCUCGUUGAGCAUAGACAAAAAGAUCCUCAGCUUACAUGAGAAAUACGGCCCAGUGGUACGCAUUUCGCCGAAUGAGCUCAGCUUUUGGGACCCAGAAGCUCUAUCGGCCAUUUUUAAAUCUGGCGGACGAGCUAUGACGAAAAGUUCAUUUUUUGAUGGUUUUACGACUUUCGACCCCAAUUUAUUUGGGAACCGUAAUGAAGAGGCAUGUCCAAAUCGCAUUCACGCGCUGCGGAGACGACAGAUGGCACAUAGCUUCUCAACAGCUUCCCUCAUAAGUAUGGAAGAAAUUUUUGACCGACAUGUUAUGCAAAUGAGGGAUAAACUAGACCGCUACGCCAAGUCUGGAGAAAAGCUUAACCUCAAAAAGAUCAUAGCCUUCUACGCCUACGAUGUACUAGGCGAGCUUGCUUUUGAUACUCAAUUCGAAUCACAGGUCAAGGACGACGAGUCAAAUCUCCCCCCAAUAAACGACCAUAUUUUUCUUGGCUGUCUGUACGGCUCGCUACCCUCCUUGCUUCCCUACUCUAUGAAAUUGUCCGGCUUUCUUCCGAUACCCUGGCUGCAGACUCUUAAUCGGAGCCGGCAAAGUAUUCGCAACACAGUGGCGCGCUGCGUGUCGACUAUGUUUGGAGAAACGUUAGAAAAUGAUGAGAAAAAGUCAAACACUCUCCUAUCACAGCUCAUGAAAGCCAAAGAUCCUGAGACAGGAAAAAAGCUUACGGUAACUGAGAUUUCAUCUGAAGCAUUCGGCUUUCUUGUUGCAGGUUCCCACACCACUUCGGGUACCUUAACGCUCUUAUUUUAUCAUCUGCUUCACGAUUCCGAGAUAUACUCUCAGGUUGUAGAGGAGAUGAGGCGAGAACUCCCUUUGCUCGAACAGGGUGCAUAUCCUUACACUGGAUUGGAAGCCAAACUGCCCUAUACGACAGCCUGUAUGCGAGAGAAUUUUCGGCACACGCCUGUAUUUACCAUGCCGCUUACGCGACAAGUUAUGUCCCAGGGCGGGACAGUAAUUGCAGGCACAGAAAUUCCAGCGGGUACAAACGUAUCAAUCACCAACCACGCUCUACAUCAUAACCCCAGCAUUUGGGGGCCAGACUGCGAUGAAUACAAGCCAUCUCGAUGGCUUAGAGAUGGAUAUGCAAAAGAAAAUCUCAAGUACUUAAUGCCUUUCGGUGCCGGCCAUCGGAUGUGCAUAGGUCGAAAUAUUGCAAUGGCGAAUAUGUUGAAAGUGGUUAGUGUUGUAUUGAGGAACUAUGAGCUGGAAGCGGUGGAUAAAGAUGAACCCCUGAAAGUUGUAACGGUUGGGAUAGGAGAGAAGGAAGGUCCUUUGUGGUGUCGUAUCAAGAAAAUGAGUUGUUGA